UUGGGAACUUGGGAUUAGUAUACUAUAAACUGCUCUCGACUAUCACCAGCUCUCAGUUUCGCCACACUAACGCUGGUCGAAAGCGGAAGAGGAUAAACUCUUCUCCUGUAACCAAAAAAAAUGGCUUCUUCGUCUUCUUAUUACUCACCAUUAUCUGCACUCUUCGACGUUUCCAAACCCAAUCCAUCUCUAAACCCCGCGGCUUUCCUCGCUCCUUCCUUGAAAUUCUCCACCGCCAUAUCGAAUUUCGCGAAUCUGAGUAAUGGGCUCUCUCUAAAAUCUCCGGUUAAUCCUGGGUUUCUCUUCAAGUCCCGAACUUUCAAUGUUCAAGCUCGAGCUGCUGCUGAGAAGACCGUUCACGAAUUCACCGUAAAGGACAUUGAUGGUAAUGAUGUUUCUUUGAACAAGUAUAAGGGGAAAGUUAUGUUGAUCGUCAAUGUCGCUUCAAGAUGUGGUUUGACAUCAUCAAAUUACUCAGAGCUUUCACAUCUGUAUGAGAAAUACAAGAGCCAAGGAUUUGAGAUUCUAGCAUUCCCCUGCAAUCAGUUCGGUGGCCAAGAGCCCGGUUCAAACCCUGAGAUCAAACAGUUUGCUUGCACCCGGUUUAAAGCAGAGUUCCCUAUAUUUGAUAAGGUCGAUGUGAAUGGACCGAGCACAGCACCAAUCUACCAGUUCUUGAAAUCAAACGCAGGAGGAUUCUUGGGUGAUCUCAUUAAAUGGAACUUUGAGAAGUUCUUGAUUGAUAAAAAGGGAAAGGUCGUUGAAAGGUACCCUCCCACCACAUCCCCUUUCCAAAUCGAGAAGGACAUCAAGAAGUUGCUUGCUGCUUAAUAACCUCUGCUCAUGAGAGACCACACAGACUGAUUGUAAAAUAUUCAGUACUUGAAACUCGGUUUUGCUGGUUAUGGUUUGUAUACAUUGUAACGAUAUAUAUUUUAUUACAAUGCUAAGUAUGAUAAUAAGUUUUCAAAGUUGAUAUAUU